CGGGAUCCAAACGAAAUACUUAUCCACGAAAGAAACCUUUAUAUAUCUUUGUGCUCGAAAGUUUUCUCAUUCGUUAUUUUGGUGGCUGACUACUAAAUGAAGAUAUACCAAAUGAUUUUUCUUCACUCAAGCAAUUUAAGCACAUAGACAAAGUAAGAUCAUCUGGCGAUAAACCAUACAUUCGUGGAGGAAAUAUUCCUACACAUGACGAGUCUCCUGAACAUAUACAACUAUUCAACACCAGAUUGAUUAUUUCCACGAUCAUUAUUUAAUUUUCUACCCGGAGUUGACUUUUGUAUAUUUCAUUCCAACUUAUACAUGAGGUAUCUCUCAGUUCCAUAUCUUUUGCAGUUUUCCCUAAGCAAGUCUUUGUUUUUUCUUGAGUACUAGAGAAACCGGAUAGUGAUCGAGAGAGAACAUGAAGAUUCACCUUUUGUUGGCCAUGAUUGGAACCUUUGUCGUUAUAAUUGGAGCCCAGGAUCAAGAAGGUUUCAUCAGUUUAGAUUGUGGAUUACCUAGUGACGAAUCUCCUUACGAUGAUUCGUUUAACGGAUUAACAUUCACAUCGGAUUCCACUUUCAUCCAAACAGGAAAAAUUGAUAGUGUCGAUAAAGAUCUUAACAUAAACUUAUCAAAACAAUAUUUGACUCUUAGAUACUUCCCAGAAGGAAAACGUAAUUGUUAUAGUCUUGAUGUCAAGCGUGGCACAACUUAUCUCAUCGUGGUUAGCUUUGUAUAUGGAAAUUAUGAUGGUCUUAACCGUGAUCCAAACUUCGAUAUCCAUCUUGGUCCCAAUAAGUGGAAAAGAAUAGAUUUGGAUGGAGAGAAAGAAGGUACAAGAGAAGAGAUCAUACACAAAGCCAGGUCAAACUCUUUGGAUAUUUGUCUUGUUAAGACAGGAGAAACUUUGCCAAUAAUUUCAGCCAUAGAAAUACGGCCACUAAGGAAUAAUACGUAUGUUACACAAUCUGGUUCGCUGAUGAUGUCUUUCCGGGUUUAUCUUAGCAAUUCAGAUGCAUCUAUAAGGUAUGCUGAUGACGUCCAUGAUCGUAUUUGGUCUCCAUUCAACGGAUCUUCACAUACACAUAUAACAACUGAUCUCAAUAUAAACAACUCAAAUGCAUAUGAGAUUCCAAAAAAUAUACUCCAAACUGCUGCCAUACCAAGAAACGCCAGUGCGCCGCUGAUUAUUACGUGGGAUCCACUACCCAUUAAUGCGGAGGUAUACUUGUACAUGCACUUUGCGGAGAUUCAAACCCUUGAAGCCAACGAGACGAGGCAGUUUGACGUUAUCUUGAGAGGAAACUUUAAUCAUUCAGGAUUUAGUCCAACCAAGUUAAAGGUAUUUACAUUAUACACAGAAGAACCAAUGAAAUGUGGUUCAGAAGGUUGUUAUUUACAGCUAGUAAAAACACCGAACUCAACUCUGCCACCUCUGAUCAACGCUAUUGAGGCAUACAGUGUUAUCGAGUUCUCACAAUUGGAAACAAGUCUUAGUGAUGUGGACGCUAUCAAGAACAUCAAAAAUACUUAUAAGCUGAAUAAAAUCACUUGGCAAGGAGAUCCAUGUCUCCCUCAAGAUUUGUCGUGGGAAAGUAUUAGAUGCACCUACGUAGAUGGCUCCACUUCACCAACAAUCAUUUCCUUAGAUUUGUCGAAAAGUGGAUUAAAUGGGAGUAUACCCCAAAUUUUACAAAAUUUCACGCAAUUACAAGAACUGGACUUAUCAAAUAAUAGCUUGACUGGACCGGUGCCUAUCUUCCUUGCCAACAUGAAAACGUUAUCUUUAAUAAACUUAAGUGGGAACAAUCUCAGUGGUUCAGUUCCUCAAGCUCUUCUUGACAAAGAAAAAGAAGGACUUGUGUUAAAACUUGAAGGAAAUCCAGAUUUGUGCAAAUCCAGUUUUUGCAAUACCGAAAAGAAAAAUAAAUUCUUGCUCCCGGUUAUUGCAUCAGCUGCCUCUUUGGUUAUUGUAGUUGUGGUUGUGGCUCUUUUUUUUGUCUUCCGAAAGAAGAAGGCCAGCCCUUCAAAUCUACAUGCUCCACCAAGUAUGCCUGUAUCGAAUCCCGGGCACAAUAGUCAAUCAGAAUCAUCAUUCACAUCGAAAAAAAUUAGGUUUACUUACUCUGAGGUUCAAGAAAUGACAAAUAACUUCGAUAAAGCUCUCGGUGAAGGAGGAUUUGGAGUCGUGUAUCAUGGUUUUGUUAAUGUUAUUGAACAAGUAGCAGUUAAAUUGCUAUCACAAUCAUCUUCUCAAGGCUAUAAGCAUUUCAAGGCAGAGGUGGAACUCCUUAUGAGAGUUCACCAUAUAAAUUUGGUGAGUCUUGUUGGGUAUUGUGAUGAAGGAGAACACUUGGCUCUUAUUUAUGAAUACAUGCCAAAUGGAGACUUAAAGCAACAUUUGUCAGGAAAGCAUGGCGGAUUCGUCCUGAGCUGGGAAAGUAGACUAAAAAUAGUUUUGGAUGCAGCACUAGGAUUGGAGUAUUUACAUACUGGAUGUGUACCACCAAUGGUUCACAGAGAUAUCAAAACUACGAAUAUACUUCUAGAUCAACAUCUCCAAGCUAAAUUAGCUGAUUUUGGGCUUUCAAGAUCUUUUCCCAUCGGAAAUGAGAAAAAUGUGUCAACUGUUGUUGCUGGUACUCCUGGAUAUCUUGAUCCUGAGUAUUAUCAAACAAAUUGGUUGACAGAAAAGAGUGAUAUAUACAGUUUCGGAAUUGUACUGUUAGAGAUAAUUUCAAACCGUCCUAUAAUCCAGCAAUCCCGUGAAAAGCCUCACAUAGUGGAAUGGGUCAGUUUUAUGAUAACAAAAGGAGAUCUUAGAAGUAUUAUGGAUCCAAACCUCCACCAAGAUUAUGAUAUUGGUUCUGUCUGGAAGGCCAUUGAAUUAGCAAUGUCAUGUGUGAGUCUUUCUUCUGCAAGACGACCAAACAUGUCUCGAGUUGUGAAUGAAUUAAAAGAAUGUCUUAUAUCCGAAACCUCUAGGAUAGGUGAGGGACGAGACAUGGAAUCAAAAGGUUCAAUGGAAUUCAGCAGAGACAUUUAUAAUGAGGUAAUACCUCAAGCUCGCUAGCUCGUCAAAAUUUAUUCUUGCUGGUUUUUCUUCUCAUGAAUAUUCAAAUUUGUGUGUUUCAAGAGUGUCUUUCGCCAAUAAUAACUAAGGCUUUCACUAAUAACAUGUAAUACUGAUGUUGAAUUGUCGUAGUGUGAUAUAUAUUUUGUGAAAUACAUAUGGUG